GACGCGCUGGGAGUUUAUCUGUGCGCGCGCGUGGAAGUUCUGCAGCGCUGUUUGUUGGUGUAAAAUCUCGUACGAUAAAAAGCGUAAAUAUUUGUAAUUAUAACGAUUUAAAAUCCAAAAAAAAAAAUAAGGCUGGGACGCAUGCAGAUGCCGUUUUCCUGCGGUUUGGCCACCUGGACGAGCAGCUUGCCGAUGAUGUAUUCCAACAUGGAGUAGAGAUGGAGAAGCCGCAGAUGGAUGAUCCGUCCUCCAAAGAGACCACUAAAACCUGGGGCUUCCGCAGGAGCACGAUAGCCAGACGGGAGUUUAUUGAAGAAAUCGGAAACCUGGACCUCGUCACGUUGACGCCGCGACGGAACGCACGCCAGGGCCCGAGGGGCAGAGGGAGAGGACGAGGGCGGGGCAAGCAGGCGAGCGAGACUACUUUAAAUCCGACAAAAAGAGCACGAGGAGGUAGAAAAGCUGUCCGGGCAAGCCUCAAACCUGAGCCUGAUUUGGAGGUUUUACAGACCACUUCUCAUCCACCAAAGACUGCGUCGGACACGGAGGCGUCUGACAGCGAUGACCUCACGCUCAGGGAGCUUCAAGAGAGAGCCAGGAAGCGUCAAAAAUCAGAAGAGGGCUCUAAAGGAAGUCCAGGGACUGUGGAUUUAACCGCUGAGACUGUUAAUGAUGAUGAUGAUGAUAAUCGGUCAUGUGAUCUUCUACAGUCAGAAGAAAGUGUGUCUUCGCUCUUCGAUCGAUUGGCCACCAGUUCUUUGGAAAACUGGAAAUCGGAACGAGACGUCCAGCUCGAGGAAGACGAGGAACGGGACGGAGAGCGGAACGAUGCUGACGAGUCUUCAGACGCUGAUGGAGAGUACAGCGACCCUAACGCUGUCUACUGUAUUUGCAGACAGAAGCACAAUAAUAGGUUCAUGAUCUGUUGUGACCGAUGUCACGAGUGGUUCCACGGUGACUGUGUGGGCAUCAGCCAGGCUCGUGGUCGUCUCCUGGAAAAGAACGGAGAGGAUUAUAUCUGCCCGUCCUGCUCUCCAUGCCAAAGUCCCAUCAGCAUCGUGGAACAGCAUCCUCCACUCUCUAAACCGGCCCUGAGCUCCUCUUCCGAGAGUUUGUUCACGUCGUCGGCCGGAGAAGAAAGACCCAGCGAGGAUGAGGGCAUCAAAGGGAAGAUCAGGAAGUCGGGCAUUCGCAGCAUUAAGAGGAGAAUCAAGAUCUUCCAGCGGGUGGAGAUCAUUGAAGAACCACCAGAACCCAUACACCAAGCCGCAGUGAGGGAGCAGAAUGUGUCCGAGGACGCGGUUAAAGAGCGAGAGGACGCGGUGGACAAGGUUAAGAGGAAUCCUGCCGUGCCUAAGUGUAUCGGUCCAGGCUGUAGUAAUGACGCUUUGCCUGAAUCGGUGUACUGCGGCCAUCAGUGCAUCAUCCAGCACGCCGCAGUGGCCAUGCACGGUCUCUCAGAGCCCAAAGAGCAGCCCGAGGUCAAAGCCAAGCCUGCGCCCAAACCCACGCUGAAGAUACACAAUCUCGGAAAACUUUUUAAGAAGAAAUCGGCAGAGAAGCCGGCCGAGGACGCGGAUGGCGGAUGUAAGGAGAUGGGUUCGACUCCCGCUGCUUCUCCCACCUCUGACCCUGUUCACAAAGCAAAGGGGGAGCAGCAGCCCGCACCUGCCGCAAUCGCUUCAUCACAGUUUUACCGAGCCACAUCAACAAUAUCAGAAAAGGUAGCUGCAGAAAGCAAACCAGCUACACCAGUCACUACUCAGACACAGAAUAUGCCCGCUCAAUCAGAGACUCCUGCUGCUAAGAAAGCAGAUGAGAAACCGGCUCCAUCGGUCCCAUCAGCUCCAUCGCCCCCACCGCCUCCAUCGGUCCCAUCAGCUUUGUCGGCCCCACCGCCUCCGGCUGCUCUAUUGGCUCCAUCGGUCCCAUCAGCUCCAUCGCCCCCACCGCCUCCAUCGGUCCCAUCAGCUUCGUCGGCCCCACAGCCUCCGUCUGCCCCAUUGGCUCCGUCGGUCCCAUCCGCUCCAUCGGCUCCACUGCUCAAAAAACCUAAUCCUCUUCCGAGCCGAGCCAAGAAGACCAUGCCAGGUUCCCCUCGUCUCUCUGCAUCCAGGCAGCUCCACAGUGAGACUCCACAAGCAAACAAGAGUGUCUUUACUGUCCCAAAAAAGCCAUGCCAAUCUCAAGAAGCAUCAAACGUAUCCCAGGCCUCGAACUCAACCCCAGAAGUCCGAGUCCUGCCCGUCACUCCUGCCCCUGUUCCUCCACCAAGACCUCUCCAACCUCAUCCUAACAUGCAGAUGAGACAGAACAUCAGACGAUCCCUCACCGACACCUUGCUAAAAAGGGUGAACGACAGCGAUGAUUUGGAGAUCUCUGAGAGCAAUGUUGAAAAGCUCGCUGUAAACAUUGAGAGAGAGAUGUUUAACAUGUACUAUACUACCGACAACAAGUACAAGAUUAAAUACAGAUCUCUCCUCUUGAGCUUGAAAGACCCCAAAAACAAGGGUCUUUUCUACCAGGUUAUAAAAGGACACAUCACGCCAUUUAAACUAACCCGUCUGAGCGACCAGGAGCUUCUGUCUGUUCAGGAAAGUACAGCUGAUCCUGUUCCUGUAAAACAACAAGUGUCUCCUGAUUGUGUAGACAUGGAGGAACCUCUGUCUGUUUCUGAUAACAAAGCUUUUAAAACCGAUAAUGUGGCCACGUCCUCAUCGUCGGCGGGGAAAAUGUCUCUUGCUCUUGUCAGACAGGCCCAAUCAAAGAGACCAAACCCUGCAGUCUCAGACAUCAUCAGCAGCAUGCUGAAAGACACUACAGCAGAACACAAAGCACACCUCUUCGACCUCAAGUGCAGGAUAUGCACUGGUCAGAUUUCUGUUAACGAGGAACCUGACGCAAAGACGCUCAAAAAAGAUGAGCAGAUGAACGAACAGGAAGAAAAAUCUCCAUGUGCCAUCCCUUUAUCUGAGAAAAAGCCUCCAUCUGCUGCACUUGGAGACAAUGAUGUCCUCGUUAUGGAAUCCCCUGCUUCUCCAACCGCAGAAGACUGUAAUAUUGAGACAACACAGUCAGACUUUGCUCCACCUGUAAUACCUGCGGUUUCUAUAGUGACCAUAACGAGGAGGGAUCCAAGGACAGCGGGAUACCAUUCUGCACCUCCUCCUCCUCCUCCGUCUUUUUCUUCUGUUGUCCCUGCUGCUGUUCAAGAUCCAGUUCCCGUUACAGAUCCACCAAAAAAUCUAACCACAGUUCCUGGUGAUAAGGAGGCUGAUAUGGAAAUUAAGGCAGUCCUGCCUCUGCAGUUACCAGUGCCUCCGCCACCCAUGCCCAAAUCCAUUCUGAUGAAGCCUUCAGUCCCCUCCAUCUCAAGGUUUUACAGUUCACAAAGUCUAACUACAAGAUUGCCGAGCUCUGGUGCUUUAACAGAAAACGACACAAGUCACUUCCUGUCCAGACAAGAUACUAUAUGGAAAGGGUUCCUCAACAUGCAAUUGGUGGCCAAGUUUGUUACAAAGGGAUGCCUAAUCUCAGGAUCUGCAGAGGUUCUGAAAAAGGACUUGCCAGAUACUAUUCACAUCGGUGGACGCAUAUUACCCCAAACAGUUUGGGAAUAUGUCGAAAGAGUAAAGACAUCUUUAACAAAGGAAAUGUCUUUAAUUCGCUUUUAUCCCGCAUCUGAUGAAGAAGAGGUUGCAUAUGUGUCACUGUUCUCAUAUUUCAACAGUCGCAGGCGAUUUGGAGUGGUUUCAAAUAUUUGCAAUAAUAUUAAAGAUCUUUAUCUCAUUCCUUUAUGUACAAAUGAGUCAAUUCCUUCUGUACUGCUGCCAAUAGAUGGCCCAGGACUUGAACAGAAUCACCCCAAUCUUCUAAUUGGCUUGGCAGUUUGUCAGAAACUAAAGCGUCCCGGACCACAGGCACAAGAAAUUGAUGAGAAAAGACCAAGAAUCCAGACACCACAGGAUUCUGAAGUGAUGAAUCUACCUACCAAAUCUGCAGUUCCUGAUGCUAAACUUGAUGAACCUUAUGACCCAGAGAUCACAAUCAGCACUACUCCACCAGAUUCCCCACUAUCUCUGAGGUCACCUGAUUCAACAUCUUCUCUAAACCCUCUGUCUGGAACAUCAGUGCUUUCUAAUCUUCAUGCUCUUUUAACUCCUUCAACCUCUUCUGGCACAGAUGUUGCGAAGACCACAUCUUCCAGUGUCUCUUCACUUUGUGUUCCCUCUUCCACCACUGCUACGCCACUUCAAACUAUUUUAAACACAAUAUUUGGUAAACAGAAACAAAGCUCGGAUUUUGCGGUCAAUACCAGUGAGACGACUCCUACUCCAGUAAAAGAACCAGUGAUACCUUUUCUGACUGCAGACCCCAUCGUUCAACAGUAUCAGCAGAGUUCUAAGGCUAUGGUGGAGUUGGAUGAUAAUGAUAGACCUUAUGACCCUGAGGAAGAAUAUGAUCCCGCUUUAGCUUAUCAAAAUCUUGCUCCCUCGAAACCGCUUGAAAUAUUAAAACCUAAUGUGUUACCUGCUGUUGCUAACGAACAUGACGCCGAUGACGAUAGGCCCUAUGAUCCGGAAGAGGAAUAUAAUUUAGGAAAUAAGGUUGAUUCCGUCCAAGCAAGUAAUACUACAAAGUGUACUAAUACUGAACUAUUAUUAGAAACCUCUGCAAGAAAGGAUGAUGUAGCAUAUGAUCCAGAGGAUGACACAGUCUUUGAAGAGAUGCAGAAUUACAUUAUAGAUAAAAAUAAAUCUGGGACAUCAUUGUCUGAGCAGCAGAAAAUGUUAGAAGAUUUAAACAGGCAGAUAGAGGAGCAAAAACGCCAGCUUGAGGAGCAGGAGGAGGCUUUGCGCCUUCAGAGAGCAGCUGUUGGUGUUUCCAUGGCCCAUUUUUCUGUCUCUGAUGCCCUGAUGUCACCACCACCACGUUUUGGCAGAGAACCAGAUGAGGAAAUGGAAAAAACAAUAAAUGCUUCGGCAGUUAAUCUGAAUAGAGAUCCUCGGCAAUAUAGACAUUUGCAGCAGAAUUCAGUUAAUCCAACAAUAAUAGGUCAUACUGACAAAGAAAAUGUAAAUGAAAAAAUUGAAAGUUCUAAAAGCAAUUUCCUGGCCAGCAAUUAUUUAGAGCAAGAUAUGUCAAAAAAUGAUCAUGAAACGACAUUAAGUAAGCUAGUUGACGAAAGAUCCAUUAAUGCUGACACAACAGUGUUAUGUUCUGUGAAGAAUGCAGAAACAAAUAUACAUCAAGGUGCAUCUGCAUUCCAACAAGGUACCUCCUUAUCAUCUGGUAACGUUCAGCACACACGCUCACCAUCAAACGAUUCAGGCAAAACGAGACAAAGUCAUACAUCUAGAAGACAACAUCACAGUUCUCCCCAAAGACGAUCAAGAAACGAGACACGUAGGUCAUACCAUGAGAAAAGAACCUCUGAUCAGUCCAAAGAUGAUGGACAUCGCAGAAGAGGUAGACAUUCUCCUGAAAGAACCUCUAGGAGAAGCCGCAGUCAUAGUCGCAGAAGGGAACGUGCAUUGUCAAGGGAAAAAGAGCAUUAUCAUCACAGAAGUACAUCAUCAAGACAAAGUAGUAGGAGGGACAGGCGGUAUUCAUCAUCAAGGUCACAUUCGACUCGGAGAGAAACAUCUCCAGAACUGGAGAAUAAGGUUUCUAAUCAAAAAGAGAAAUCGGUAUUAAGGCAGAAGGACGAGUCCAACACUGAAUCAACUGACAGUACAAACAAUGUAGCAUCUGAGCAACCUGAUAUUCAGGGUGAUAAAUCUCAAAAUGAGGCUUCUGGGAAAGUAGAGACAAAAGAAAUCAAAAUACAGAAAGCUGAUAAUAUAAAACUUGAACCUGAUCAGUCCAACCAUAGAGAGCAAAAAAUGUCUGAUCCACCUUGUGGUGGUUUUUCUCAAAGCAAGCAAGUAAAGUUGGAACCCAAUCAAGUGGACACAAAUCCAUCACAAAGAGAAGAUUUUCACAAAAGCAUUCCACAAUCUGAGAAAUUAUCAAUACAGCAAGGUAGGAACAGUGAGUCCUGUAACACCAGAUAUCAGCUUAGUAAUCGAAAAGACAAUACAUUACAUAAUAAUGAGACUAAUUUUAAUGAUGGUACAGAUGAAAAGUCAUCAUGGCAGGAGUCUGACUGUCUUCCGCGUAAGACAGCUAAAAUAGAGAAGGAAGAUUUCCCAGAACCUGAUAAGACCUUUUUCCCAAAUCUUCGACCACAAAGGUUACCACGUUUGCGAGGAAGUACUCCUGAAAUGUUACCUUCCCAAAAUCAGAAAAGUUGUUUUUCAGUGGAUGGCACAUUACAUCCCAAAGACCUUAUAUCACAAGGGGCUCACUCCAUGCCAAGUGUUGGUUUGGAAAAUGAUGGACACAGAAAUAUCCAUCCUCAAGAGCAGUUUAGACUAAGAACAUCUGAGAUUCAGUGGAGAGGUCCACAGCAUAGGAUGGAUGGUCCGAGAGGUCCUACACUAAUGCAGCCCAGAAUUCCCAGAGCACCACACCCUGAAGUAUUUGAGACAUGUAGACCUGUAGGCCCAAGAGGUCCAAGACCAAAGAGGUUGGAUGAUUGUGGGCCAUCUCCCAACUAUGGACCAAGGGGACCAAACUCUGUACCUAGAAUGUUUGAGGGCCCUGGUCCUCGAAGUCUUAGACCAAGGUGCCCAAGCCCAGUUCCAAGGAUGUUUGAAGGAGCUUCACAUCAGCUUUCUGGACCUAAGGGACGAUUCCCAAGACCUGGAAGGUUAGAGGGAUUUGAACGACAAAAUGUUGGACCAAGAGAUGCCUUUUCAGGGCCUAACAUGUUUGACGAUACAGUUAACUUUGCAGAGUCGCCACAAAGAGAAUUUAACCGCAGGGACCCUGGUAUACAAGAAUUUGAUGAUUCAUGGGAAUCUGAUGUACCUCACCAAGUUGAUAGAGAAUCAUUUUCAGAAUUCAGACGUCCUAAAGACCGUGGCGCACCUCAACGUUUUCGUGAAAAUAUGCUUAACGCUAGAGAGUUAGAACGAGAUUUCAGUGACUUUGGAGACUAUGAUCCUCCAUUUGAUGAGGCAGAAAUUGAGCCUCAGUAUUCAGAUGAUCAAAGUGAUUAUCAUCAGAAUUUUGCUAAUGAACGUUUUCUAAAUCCACAAGAACCAAAAAGUCGUAGAAAUCCCACACCUCGUCCAGCACAUGACAGGUACCCCAUUCAUACCCAACUGGAAGGACCUCAGUUUCCAAUGAGGGAGUUAAGUGUGAAAAGGUCUCACAAUUGUGAUGGCUAUAGAGAUCAAGCAGACGAACGCGAAACAGUCGAGCCACAUUUUGCAAAGCCUGAUAUUUUUGAAAGUUCCCGAGAUUCUGGAAGAGCUGCUCAAAUUAAACGUCCACGCAUUAACCCGCCUCAAAAUCUUAGGGGUCCAAGAGCCCCAUCCCCUCAUUUUUGCGACCAGAGGAUGCUUUCAUCCCGGAACACUCAGUUGCUUGAGGACAAACCAAGUUCCUCCCAUUUUUCAUUGCCAUCCACCUCCAAACCUUCAAGGCCACUGCUGCCUGGGAGCCGGUUGGGUGGUCGAACUAAGGAGCCAGCUAUUCGCCCUUUGCGACUGUCUGGCCCUUUGCUCCCAACACCCCCAGGUGGUCCAAUAAGAUUUCACAAUCCUAGAAUGCAAAGACCUUUUUCUUCCAAUGAAAGUAACUUGCCCCAGCAUGCUCAUGCUAGAAGACCCCAAGGUGAUCUUGCUAAACCAGCUAUGAUGUCAGGAAGUUUUGAUGAUGAUUUGAACAACUAUGAUGGAGAAACCUAUGGGGGUUUUAUUCAGGAAGAGUUUAUAGACCAGGAUGAAGAAUACAGUGGUCAGGAUAAUAGUCCAGGGAAACCAUGGUGUCGAGAAGCAAGAAGGAGGAUUAGCACUGCAAGAAGAGGUCAUAGUAGUGAAUGAAAUAUUGCUCAGGAGAAUAUUGGUCAAAAAGGGAUCUGUAAACAUGGGUUAUCAAGCAGAGAUCCAUGCCAAAAUUGGCACUAAUAAAGCUAAUGUAUUGCUUCUGGACUGGGUCUAUAUUUUAACAAGUAGUUCACACUUUGACUGGUCAUGGACCUGUUUUACAGAUAUCCCAAAAAACAACAGCUGAUUUAGAGCACCAAGGACAAAGAAAGUACACUGCCUAAAAAGGUUUAUAUUUGUGGUUUAAAAAAAAAAUUAUGUUAGCAAUUUGUUUCAUUUACAUUGUAAGAAUUUGGUUUAAUCUGCAAUGAAACAUUUCUGUAGGUAUAGUCAAGUUCUUUCUCAUGUCAUGACUGCAGGUUUGAGUAGCUAAUAAGUUUAUAUUGUUAUGAGUUGUUUUUGUUUGUAGUAACAUCACUGAAUCUUUUCUCUUGGAAAAAUGGAUUUGUUUUUGAACUAUUAUUUUAAUUAUAUUCAACCUAGACUUGCCAGCUAAUUAUUGAAAUAUGUAUACAAAAAAAUAGAAAUGGUGUACAUCUGUAUAUAUGUAAAGAUAAAGUUAACUGAUUUUGUAGGUGUACAGACCUAUGUAAUAAAUGAAUUGGGAACUCUGUGUAAAUGGUGAAGUUGAAUUGUUCUCAACAGCUGUAAAUACUAGUGUACAUUUAGGUUCAUACAUGUUUUAUAACAUUUUCUAUGUGAGCAGUGCAAGGCCUAGUGAUUAUGUUUAUAACGUCAUAUGAACAGUCACAAGGCAUCAUG